UGAUCACUUUUGAGGAACUUGAUGGCAGGCGGCGUUUCGCAGUGAAUGACAGCGGUUGCAUGUUCGCGUCCGGACGUGCGCGUGCGAGCGAGAUGUUCCACAAGUUUGCUUUGCGACUUUCGUCGGCUCGACUGGGGUAACGUCGACGUGAUUCAACACACAAAAAAGGAGGCGGAGGAUUUACAAGUGACACCCCAGUUGCACUUGGCAAUACCAAACUCCUACAGAAGAGAGCGCUUAGCUUCCCAAAAGAAUUCACCUUCAACGAAAAGAGUAAUCCAGUCAAAGUCACCAAGGAGAUAGGCGUUAGUCUCUUGACCAAUCUCAACAAAGUCUCCGAGUUGAGGAAACGAUUUGAAGGCAUUACCACGAGCGCGAGUGACUGGGAAAUGAACAGAAAGGAACGUAUUUCUCGGCGAUUGGAGGGCAUAGAUGGUGAGGGGCACCCGUCUCUUCUGCCUAAUUUGGUUGCCAACCGGCUUCUGGAAGAGGAUACACCACGAUACACGAGAGCCUCCGACUCCUGCGAGCCCUGUGGUGUUACAGUCCAAAAGUAUGGAAUGGAAGAGUUUGAAAAUCCAGAUAUGCCGCCAGUGGUUCCGCAGCAACAGUCCGGAACUAAAUACAAAUCCGAUCCCAAGACUUCCAAUCACAACGAUCAUGUCUACAGUUCAUCCUCAUCCACCAAGGGUGCUCCAGAGCUAGAGUCUAAGGCUGAGCGCAUUGCCCGCUACAAGGCGGAACGCCGUCGACAGCUAGCAGAGCGUUAUGGAAUCGCUUUGGACCAGGAGCCAGACACGGACUAUCCAUCUCGGUACACUCGUACUCUGAAAGAGCCUGAGGGCUCCGAAAGGCACAACAGAGCGGAGUUUGUUGCAGAUGAAGAGAGCGACAUCACGAUGAACUCCUACGCUUGCACCAGUAGCCCCAGGAGAGGCGGGCAAAGCGUGCCCCGGCACAGCCGUCCCGAGACUGACUUUGAAAGGAGUCGAGGCAGAGUAGACUCGUUCUCGGAGAGGGAGAGACUCAUGAAUCUGGAGAAUCAACGCAGGGCCGCUGCUCCUGAGCCAUCCACUUACAUGGAUGUUACAUCAUUGUCCUCUAGCGCGAGGGUGCCUGCCAAGGACUACACAACCACAGGCGUCCCACCCAGCUCACCCAAGAUGAGCAGACAUCCCUCUCUCCCCUCACCGAAACACGGGGCGUCACCUGGGGACCUCUUUAUUGAGCAGCAGGCCCACAACAUACUCAACAGACAUGGAAUUAGAGUUAGAGAGAGGCUUGCAAAGGACGAUGCUCCCAGAAGUGUUGCAGAGGCGGCGGCAUUCCGCAGACAAUUUCAGCAUCAGCCGUGCGUGCGGUACAACACAGAACCACCGAUUCCCCAGCAGAGCCACUCACACCCUCUCCGUCACCCACAUGCUCAGAUCUCUCAGUCUGGCCCACCAGCGGCAUCAGAUAUUCCCGGUUAUCCCAGUUAUCUGUCCAUGACUUCUGGUGCUCCGUCCAGAGCGGAGCAGCUUCCGGAUGAAGAAAGUGAGGAGACGGGCGGCAUUUUAACAGAGGGCCUCCUGCGUAGUAGGAAAGCAGUACUGCCGUCAGAGAUCCGCCGCAGGGAGAGGAGCACUGAGGACCCAUUUAGGGGAAUAGUAGAAGAUGAGAUGAGGAGCUCCAAAGCGCACAUUGAGGUUGAAGAUCCUGCAAGAAGAGGUCACAGAGGCAGAGCGAGAUGGGAAACUGCUGAGCUCUCCAGAAACAUGACGCACACAAGCCAUGACCAAGAAACCGGCGGUAGGUCCAGAGAGCUGGAAAAUGCCAUUUAUGUCCACAAAGGGGUGUCUGCAUCUCACAUCCGACCCAAGGCAGCGGACGCACGCCCAGGAGGAGGAUCCAUCCCUACUGCCGCAAAUCCUGGUGAUCGAGAGCAACGGCAAAGGAGCUCGCAUCGCCACAUGCGCCGUCCUCAGGAGCUCAAGACAAGUAACGCAGAGAGUCACCAGGACAGCCGUGUUUCAGUGGCCCAGCUCAGAAAUUCUUACAUGGAAAGCUCCACCACGCCUCCAAGCAGACGCAGAGCUGAACUGUCCCGUGUGAGCGCCGAGUUGACUUCCAAUGAAGCUGAUGAAGAGAAGCUCGAUGAACGGGCCAAGCUUAGCGUAGCGGCCAAGCGCUCUCUCUUCAGGGAACUGGAGAAAAACAUCGGGAGUGGAAAACCCCGGUCAAGGAAUGCCGCAGUGGACCGGAGGCUGAGGCGGACCCAGGACCGAUCCAGAACUCAGCCAGUCACCACUGAGGAGGUGGUCAUCGCCGCCACUCUGCAGGCGUCGUCGCAUCACAACGGCGUCGCCCGGGAACAAGCGCCAGAGACUCGGCAAGAGACUCACAACUGUAAAAUGGAGGAACACACCCAGGCCCAGGAAGAACCUGACCUCUGCACGCUCAGCUUGGCGGAGAAAAUGGCGCUGUUUAACCGGCUGGCUCAGCCCCCCGCCAGAGUCGCUAGAACCAGGGGGGACACUCGCCAGCGCAGGAACAACGCUCGCUACCAGACGCAACCCAUCACUCAGGGCGAUAUGGAGCAGCUUCAAAAUGGUGCAAGUUCUCGGUUUGAACCCCUCUCGUCAUCCAGCACGGGACGAGGAGGCGGCGGCACAGUGUCCACCGACCAUGCAGGAGACAUCCACUUGACUAGGGGGCCGUCUGUGGUUGAAAUCGCCCCCCUGAACGACGACAAGCCGCUGCCCCUUUCCCGCCUCGACAACCGAGCCCGGGGGCCCCACGGCCCCGUGGACGGCGAUGGGCAGCCUUAUCGGGUGUCGCAACACGCUGAGGAAGGAACAGAACCGGCAGGGGGGAAGAGGAGGCUGCCCUCUCCUGAGGGAGCAGUCAGCCAGGCUGCCCCGCCUCAGCCUCGCUCUGGAAGAGAGAGAAGGGAGGAAGAGGAGGAGCGGUGGGCAUCCGGGGGGAGGUUGGAUGAAAACCCGCACAACUCCGAUUGUCACAUGUCGCUAGAAUGGCAGGAAGAAAAGACUUAUCUGUGGGAGGAAGUGCACCGUGCAGCCUGCCAGAGGAGCCGAACAUUCAGUGAAGAGCUACCCGAGCCCACUUCGGUGAGGUCCAGGGCAGCAUCGGCUUCAUCCAGGGGCGCGUGCCAGGCUCCCGAGGCGGACGCCUACCGUGACGACGGGGAACUGACAAGCCGCCCGUUGCAAUCCGAACUGGAAGACGAGCUGUGCGACGCGAUGACGGCCAAACACAUGUCCAUCAAACAGAGGGUGGCGUUGUUGAGGAAAAGUGGCGAGGACGACUGGAGGAACCGGAUCAAUAAGAAGCAGGAUGCAGUGAAGGUUGCUGUGGGCGAGCAGCACGCUCACUUGUGGGAGGUGGAGGAGACCUUCAAGAAGAAGGGCGAUGAAGAACUGAUGAUUGAUGAUCUUGCCGUGUCUGACCAACUAUGGAGAAUCACUGAAGCCGCAAUGGAGUCCCAGAGGAUGGAGGCGCAGAUGUCCAUCCAGGAGAGGAAAGAGCAGAUCGAGGCUCAAGAGGAGGCCUGGAAGUCCAAAGGUCACGGCGCCGCCAACGAUUCCACCCAGUUCACUGUGGCCGCCCGCAUGCUGAAGAAAGGGUUGGCCUCGCCCGCUGCUCUGCAAUCUUCAUCACCAAAACCCAAGAACGGCAGCCUCGCCGUCUCCAAACCACAAGAUGACAUCCAGGCCGGACCGGAUCUGGACCUGGAGUCGGACAGGAAACUGGAAAAGCUCGAGUCGUUCCUCGGCAAGAUCAAUAGUAAAGCGGCGCUCCCAGAAGCUAGCGUGACGGUGACGGAGAAGAAGGUUACAGAAGUUAUGUCACUGGAAGAUGAGACUUUUUCCAAGUUCUACCGCCCGGUGGAGGAGCUGCCGACCAUCACCAGCAAGGUGGAGCUUGUUGACGACUUUGACGCCAUCUUCGGGCCGCAGGUUCCGACGCUGAUGUCGGACAUGGUGCAGCACAAGCGAGCGGUGCGCCCGACGCGUAACGUUCAAGCCUCUAAGAACCCUCUAAAGAUGCUCGCUGCCAGAGAGGACAUCAGACACGAGUACACUGAGCAGCGCCUCAACGUGGGCCUGCUCGAGAGCAGGAGGAUGAAGGCUGAGAAAAUGAACAAGAACUCCAGUUUGUCUGACGUUGCCUUGGCGGGUCUCGCCAGCAAAGAGAACUUCAGCAAUGUGAACCUGCGCAGCGUGAACAUCUCGGAGCAGAUGUCCAACAAUAGUGCAGUGCCCUACAAGAAACUGAUGCUCUUGCAGGUCAAAGGCCGCCGGCAUAUCCAGACCAGACUAGUGGAGCCAAGAGCGUCAUCGCUGAACAGCGGCGACUGUUUCCUCCUCAUCACUCCCCAUCACUGCUUCCUCUGGACGGGAGAGUUUGCCAACGUCAUCGAGAAGAACAAGGCUUCAGAGUUGGGCAACUUCAUCCAGAGCAAGAGAGAUCUGGGUUGUCGCGCCGACUGCGUCCAGGUCAUCGAGGAAGGCGUCAAUGCUCACAGCCACGCUGCCAAGGAGUUCUGGAAGAUCCUGGGAGGCCACUUGGGUUACCAGUCAGCGGGAACACCCGAUGAAGAUGAACUUUACGAGGCCGCCAUUGUGGAGACGAACUGUAUUUACCGUCUCAUCGACAAUAAACUGGUGCCGGAUGAUGAUUUUUGGGCCAAGAUACCUCGCUGUUCCUUGCUCAAACCAAAGGAGGUUCUGGUUUUUGACUUUGGCAGCGAGAUGUACAUUUGGCAUGGGAAGGAAGUGACGCUGGCUCAGAGGAAGGUGGCCUUCCAGCUGGCAAAACACCUGUGGAACGGAACUUUUGACUACACAAACUGCGACAUCAACCCGCUGGAUCCUGGAGAGUGCAACCCCCUCAUUCCCAAGAAGGGCCAGGGGCGUCCGGACUGGGCGGUGUUUGGCAGACUGACUCAUCACAACGAAACCACUCUGUUCAAAGAGAAGUUCUUGGACUGGAGUGAUUCCAGGAAAACCCCCAGCCCCACUAGAAAGAGCAGCAACCACAUCAAUAACCAAAAGGAGCAGCCCGCCCCAGAUCAGCCCCAAGCGUACGACGCCGCCCUCAUGAUGCCCCUCCAGCAGGCGCCCGUCUGCACCGUUGUGGACGGCUUGAAUGUCGGCCGGGGCUACGGUCUGGUGGAGGGGGACGACCGGCGCUGCUACGAGAUCACCACGCUUGCCGUGGAGGUGUGGCACAUCCUGGAGUUCGACUACAGCCGCCUGCCGCGCCAAAGCAUCGGCCAGUUCCACGAGGGGGAUACAUAUGUGGUCAAGUGGAAGUACAUGGUCAGCACGGCAGUUGGGAAACGCCAAAACCCGGAACAGCUGAAGACUGCGGGGCCCGGCAAAGAGAAAUGCUGCUACUUCUUUUGGCAGGGUCGCAACUCCACAGUCAGCGAGAAAGGAACAUCGGCGCUCAUGACGGUUGAGUUGGAUGAGGAAAGAGGAGCGCAGAUUCAAGUCCUGCAGGGAAAAGAACCCCCGUGUUUCCUGCAGUGCUUCAAAGGAAGGAUGAUCGUCCACGCGGGGAAGAGAGAAGAGGAGGAGGAAAACUCACAAAACGACUGGCGUCUGUACUGCGUGCGAGGGGAAGUGGAAGGGGAGAGCCACCUUGUGGAAGUGGUAUGCCACUGCAGCAGUCUGCGCUCCAGAGUCUGCAUGCUCCUGCUGAGCGUCAGCCAGUCCCUCAUCUACCUGUGGCACGGCUGCAAGUCUCAGGCGCACACGCGGGAGGUGGCGCACACCGCCGCCGGCGCCAUCAGAGACCACUGCCCCCUGGAGGCAGGCCUCCACAGCAGCAGCAAGGUGACCAUCCGUGAAUGCAACGAGGGAGCCGAACCGCCGGGAUUCUGGGAGGCCCUUGGCAGGAGGGACAGGAAAGCGUAUGACUGCAUGCUGCAAGACCCUGGCAGGUUCAACUUCACACCGCGUCUGUACCAGCUGAGCAGCAGUUCGGGGGACUUUGUAGCCGUAGAAUUUCUCUACCCGGCCAGAGACACCCGGAAGGUUAACGCCAUGCCCUUCCUGCAGGAGGACCUUUAUUCUACCUCCCAACCAGCUUUGUUCCUGGUGGAUAAUCACCACGAAGUGUACCUGUGGCAGGGUUGGUGGCCUCGGGACAGCGAGAGCACCGGCUCGGCCCGGAUGCGCUGGGACUCGGACCGGAAGUGUGCAAUGGAGACGGUGCUGCAGUACUGCGGAGAGAAGAAUCCGAAAAAGGCCCCCAAGGCGUAUCUGAUCCACGCCGGCCUGGAGCCCCUCACCUUCACCAACAUGUUCCCCAGUUGGGAGCACCGGGAGGACAUCGCUGAGAUCACCGAGCGGGAGGCCGAGGUGUGUAACCAGAUCAUCCUGGUGGAGGAUGUGUUAGCCAGACUAUGUCAGACCAUGUACCCUCUAGAAGAUCUCCUGGCCCGGCCGCUGCCCGAGGGCGUUGACCCCCUGCGGCUUGAGGUCUACCUCUCGGACCACGACUUCCAGAAAGGUUUGGAGAUGACGAGAGAAGACUACGCCAGUCUGCCCGUGUGGAAGCAGAUGAACUUGAAGAAAAGCAAAGGGCUUUUCUAAACGGACAGAAAUACCAGGAAAAGAAGCCUAACGGCGCUUUGCAUGCGGGUUGCGAGGCUCCGGAGCAGGCCUCUCCCGAGUCGCCCCUCUCACGGAGGUGACUUGGACAGGUGAAGAUGCGAUAUGUGCCAGCUUCUUAUUUGUCUUUCCGAGCUUGCGUUUGUAUAGUAAAAUGGCGUCAGGGGUGGGGUGGGAGGGGGACUAUUUUACAUUGCGCAUGUAUGUACAUAUGAUAUGUAGUAUUGAUGGGACACAGUCAGUGCCCUCACAUAUGUCAGCCUCUUGUCUACAUUUGACUUCUUUGCGCAAAGAAUUUAUAUUUAUAUUCAAGUAGGGCAAAAACAAAGCUAAUUAAAAUUCCAUGAAUAUGGAACAGUAUUGUUUAUUUUUCUUUUGUAAUCGUCUGUUGCUGUACAGGUAUAACUUUUUGCCAUUUAACCAUCCAAAUAAUGCAACUUUUACUAUGCCUUUUUCGUUUUUUUAAAUUAAUGAUUUGACUUGAUCUGUUUGCGAUAAUGAAAUGUACUUGAUUCCUAAAACCUACACUGUAGUGCCUUUCCUUUGUGUACAGUUUAUAUACAGAUCGCCUUUUGAGGACUUUUUGUGAGAAAUGACUAAUUGAAAUAAACCUUGGAUGUGGAAACGGA